AUGACGGCAAAAGAAAAACGUAAAUGCAACGACCAGAACCCAGAAGAAAUAGCAAACCACUCAGACCCACUCUGUCUCUUUGAAGGCACUAGAUAUAAUGUACUAGAUUGGCACAAAAUACUCAUAGAUUCAAACAAGAAAAAGCACUUUAUAAAAGCACUAGAAGAGAACAUAGAAGAAUUCCAGCAGAAACUGCAGAGUAUACAGAAUAAAGAAGGAAUUACAAAUUUAAAAGGAAUAUUUCUGUACCCUCUUCUUGCCAGAACAAUAAACAGAAUAGAAUGCACCAGUUCCACAGAAAAAUGCAGAAAUAUCUUCCUCCUUAAAGAACCCCAUAGACAAGAAGAGACAGAAAAUAAUUCAAUCAGUAGAGUAUACAGUAUGAACAGAUGGCCAAGGAUACUGGAUAGAUUUAAAAGAAAAGUAGAAAUAAAGAAAGUAAAGACAAAAGAAGAAAGACCAGAAAGUAUCUGUACAUGCACAAGAAGUACUCUAAGCAUAAGAAGAAUACUUGACAGAUUCUGCAAAGAAAUUAAAGGAGACAGCCCCAGACCAAAAGAAAGUGAAAAUAAAAUGCCCAUGAAGAAUAAGCCUAUUCCCCUCCUACUGUCUGCACUGCAUGAAGUGCCUUCCGUAGAGAAAAUUCUCUUGGAAGAGGCACCUGCCAGGAUUAGGGCCAGAAUAUUCAGGGAGGGUCUUAGUAAGCAGGCAAGGAAGCUGGAUGUAUAUGGUAAAUAG